AUGUCAUCAGUCCCUAUUUCUGCUUCAGACCUUUACAAUCGUUUGCAAGUCGACCCUACACUCUCCGAGACGCGCCGGGUCUCACUCUUACCUGGUAAAUUUGCAGACCCGAUCAAAUGCGAACUCGAGUUGGUUGAUCUUGGAGAGAACCCGGAUUUCGAAGCUCUCUCCUAUGUCUGGGGAGAUCCCGCAGGUCCUAAACAGACAAUAUUCCUCAAUGGCAUCAAUCACGAAGUGACAACCAACCUUUUCACGGCGCUGAGGAGGUUUCGCUUGCCAGAUAGGAUACGCUAUCUAUGGGUCGACGCUUUAAGCAUAAACCAAGCAGACAAGGACGAGAGAAACGAACAAGUUGCUUACAUGCGAACAAUCUAUCAGAAAACUAGCCGUGCAUUGAUUUGGCUUGGCGACUCGAUACACAACACAACGUCCGAGGAGCAAGAGGUGGCGUGGAAUACCGAUUUCACGAGAAAUCAUCCCGUCGAUCCUAUGACUGGCGACGUUGCUGUCGAUCCGGACGAUGCGAAAAGAAUCGAGGACUACAAAAACGAGUUUCUACAUUACUACAGAACUCCGAUAGCUUGGCGUCACAACCUGACGCAAGACUUUGAAUUAGGCGCAUUCUGCUUAAUUCAUCUUCUUGCGCAGAACAAACACCUCAACGACGCUGAUAUUCCAUUCUUCUUAGCACACGUAGUGCGGCAGAAUGUCGUUCGAGUCUUACACAAAAUCAUGGAAACACCUUGGUGGAAUCGACAGUGGGUUAUCCAAGAGACUGUUUUACCACCGUCAGUAAGCGUGUACUAUGGAAGGUACAAGGCAUCCUGGGAGAUGUUCAGCGUCGCUGCAAAGAACUACAAAGUUCAUCGACAAGGUUGUUGUUCCAGUCAAUAUGCUCAAUUACCUGUCGAGAUCGUCCGAGGAAUCACUCAUUUCGCGGAAACUGUCCAUGGUUUAGAUGACUGGAGACAGAGCUGGAACGAAGCAGAUAACUCACACAUUGGCCUUCGUCGCCUGUUGUGGCAAUUUCGAGAUCGCGAGACAACGAACCCCAAAGACAACGUGUACGCUUUACUUCCCUUGGUCAACUGGGGCACCGCUUUACAAGUCAAAGCAAACUAUCGUUGGAAUAUAGCUGCCGUGUAUCGCGAUGUCGCAGUCAAAAUAUUUGACGUCGAUCAAUCUCUACUCAUCCUAAUGGGCACUACCGACAAGUCCUCCACGUUGAGCGAUCCUUACAAUCCCAAUUCUCCAAAACUGUCUGAGCUCCUGCCAACUUGGGUUCCAGAUUGGACCGUCAAGCCACCAACUUAUGAGCUCGCUCGACAACUACGGGCUGAGCUGUACAACGCUUCUCUGAUGAACAACAAUGGUCGCAAGACCUCGUUCUAUGCAACCAUCAAGCAGAGAUAUCUUCAGCUGAAAGGAUUUCAACUGGACGUUGUCACGGAUGUUGGAGACAUGAUGCCGGCCGAUGACAUCUCUGCAGCUCUCGUGUUCAAGCAAUGGCAGAUGCUAAGCGGCAUGGAUAGUUCAUCAUCACCGCGAUAUAUUGACGGAGAUUCUCUUGGCCAAGCAUACUGGAAGACUCUCUGCAUGAAUACUAAACAUCUCGACAAGGUCAACGACGACGAUAACCUCCACAUCAACAAGUCGGACUAUGAGCUCACGGAUCGGGAUUACGGUCAAGAGUUCGAUACCGUGUGGAGUAGAAGGUCAACACAGAGCGGUCGUGGCGGCGAUUCGUCAGAUCCUCAAGCUAUAUCACCAUUAUCAAGACAAGGCCGCACCCAAACAUUUCCUCAAUUCGACAUCAACACACCACAGCCUUCGACCCCUACACGUUCCGGCCUCUCAUUGAGACACCGACAGUCUCCACCAUCUACAACUUUCAUCGACCGGCAACGCAACGAAGCUGUUGCGAUCGAUGAGUCGGUACACUCCGCCACAACUGGUCAGUGUUUCUUCCGUACCAUGAACGGGUAUAUGGGACUUGGCCCGCGAAAAAUGGAGAGUGGAGAUGUAGUGUUUGUGUUUCAAAGGGGACAUACGCCGUUUCUGCUGAGAAGUAAUGGCCAGGAAGAGGUUCCGGGGAAGGGUUCGAAAGCGGUUUGGGGACUGGUGGGUGAUUGUUAUGUGCAAGGAGUUAUGGCGGGUGAGGCUGUUGGGGAUGGGAGGGUGUGGGAUGAGGUUUACUUGGUGUAG